AUGGGUAAGAAUAAAAAGAAGGGAAAUAGGGUGAAUAAGGCAUCUCACGAUAAUGGCGAGGUUAGUAAAGAGAAAAUCAACUCUGAUGAUAUACCAAAGGUGGUAGAGCAAACAGUGGUUGAGGAUGAGAUUAAUGUUACAGUUGAUAGUGUGGUGAGCGAUAAGGAGGAUGAAGAAGUAGCGAGAUUACGGGAGGAGCUCGCACGACUAAAGUUGCAGUUGCAAGCUAGUGCACAAGAUGGUAAUGAGGAUGAACGGCUAGCACGUGUUAAAGAGGAGAGGGAUCAUUUUGAGACGCAGUAUAAUACUUUAUUAAGUAGGCUAUCGUCUAUGAAGUCGCUUUUCAGUAAGAUGAAAGAAUCGCAGUUGGAGCUGGAAACUACACAGGAACAGUUGGCAGAGUAUGAGAGCCAGAAUUUGAAAUUGAAAAAUAAGAUAGAUUCGUUGAUGCGAGAAAACGAAGAAUAUAAGUCUACUGUGGUUACUUUGAAUCGAGAGGUUGCAAGUUUGAAUACGGAAUGUGAGAAUUUGAGCUCUGAAUGUUUACUGUACAAGGAGCAGGUGGAGAGGGCUCGGGAUGAGAUAGAGAUGUCUUCGUCAUUGCACUCUAAAGAUUUGUAUGAAAAGAUACAGGAGAUCAAGGUAUUGCAAUCGAAAAUGCAAGAGUUAAAUAUCAUAAUAGAAACUAAUAAACAAGAUACGUCCUCGAUGGAGGAACAGCUUCAAGAUUAUGAACAGCAGGUAGAACAAUUGCAAGAAGAUAUCAGCAAGCAGCAAAAUGUCGUUGCACAACUGGAAGAACAGCUGGAAAAGGCUACGAUCGCCCAAGAACAAGAGAAAAGCCGAACUGGGGCUGAAAUAAAAAUCUUAAAGCACACUAUAGAGGAACUUAAUGGAAAGUCUUCCGCCGAUGCGAAGACAAUUGCUGAAAUGAAUGCUCAUAUAGAGUCUAUCAAAGAAGAUGUGGAAAUAAAGAAGAAAUUAGAAAAAGAAUGUAAAGAACGUGUUUUACAAAUAGGGAAACUGCGCCACGAAGCUAUUAUUCUAAAUGAACACUUAACUAAAGCAUUAGCCAUGAUCAAAAGUUCCAACGACUCUGAAUCAGUCGACAAAGAAUUGAUUUCCAACCUAUUCAUUUCUUUCGUUUCCAUUCCUCGAGGAGAUCCUAAAAAGUUUGAGGUUUUGGAACUCAUCUCCAAUUUCCUCAAUUGGGAUGAUGAUAAGAAGACACAAGCUGGAUUGAUUUAUAAUACAGCAGAUCUGCCAAAUGGAACAAGAAACGACAGCUUUGUGUCUCUGUGGGCUGAAUUUUUAGAAAGGGGGAGUGAAAAAUAG